AUGGAGUACGCCGAUCAGUUCGUGAAGCUCUCCGAGACACUCGACGCAACCAUCAUGGAAUGGUUCGCCAUCUUUGAGUGCACGGCCAUGUUCGAGACGUAUAGCGCGGACGACAAAUCGGUCUGGCUGCCCAUCCGGACUGCGGUCGAUCGCGCCCGCGAGACUGAGAAACACAAAAGGUUUGAGUGGAGUGCCGUCGCGCGGUUGCAGCAGAUCGGCUACGGCACCACCUUUGCCAAGCAGUGUGCCUUCCUCGCCGCACGAGUCGUGGACUGGCCACAAUUCUGCCACUGGGUGAACUGGGUCGCCUUCCUGCGCUGCACAAACGGGAAACAGGGCCAGAAGCGGCGGCCCGGCGUGAUUACCGGGGAUAUCACUAGUGCGCAUGACCGGCUGAACGAGUUGUCCAUGCUCGACAUGCCGAUCGACGAUAUAGUCCCGGCCAUGCUGCGCCCCGAGCAGGGGGAGGAGAUAGGCUGCGUGAUCGAUCCGCACGGACUGUUGAUUCCUCGGCCCGUCGAGAUGCGCCUGAUCGUCCCAGCCGCCCCCGUCGAUCCGCUGCCUCCUCCUUCGCCUUCUGCGUCGCAUCCCGAGGCUCCUCCCUGCCCGGUCGCUUCCUCGUGUCCAGCCAGUGUCGGAGCCCGAAACAAGUCGAGGGCUACGCCGGAACCCUCCGUGAUGCAGCAGGGAACUUUCAGUUCCCUAGCCGGCCUCGACGAGCAAGACGGUGCACGGCAGCCCGGAGCACGGCGGCCCGGAGCACGCAUCAGCACGCUGUGGGUCUCAUUCCACCGGCCCUGGCCGCCGGUACUGCGGGGCCCGCCCCAGAUCACACCCGGCCGGAUCUGCCAGCUGCUCGGGGUGGAUCCCGACCUUGAAUUCCCAUCUCGUCAGAAGCCAACAACGAUUCCACAGCUAUUAUUCGGGAGCUUCCAGCAUGUCUCGACUUCUUCGGAUCGCCGUCCAGUCGUUCUAGCAAUGGCCCAGCAGGAGGUGAACAUAUACCCUAGUAGACGGCGGACCGAGGGCUAUCCCAUGGGGGAGGGCGUUCACGGCUCAACCAAGUUUACAUACGGUGACAUGCGGGUAUUUGGUGGAUGUGGUUGGUUCCCGCGCGCAUCUACUUUGCCUGGUACUAUUUUGAAUCUUUCUCUCAGUACCGAGUAUAUAUACACGCAAUUCCUGCUUAAUUUUAUUUCUGAUUUCGCAUACUUUAAUGUAACUCCAUUGUAA